CUGAAAAGUUCCAACAGCUGUUUGCGGUCUUGGCAAAUAUAUUUUUAUUUACAAAAAAAUUAAUAUUUUGCUGGGACACACAAAAUAGCCAGACAGCUGUCAAUAAUAUUAGGCCAACAGUGUUUUAAUGACGUCAGUCAUUUAAAGUGCCGGAAAAGCAUAGAAGUCGUGUCAAGCAGCAGCAGUGAAAAAAGCUGCACCCAAAAAAACAUUGGUCAGCAAUGGACGCUCUAAAAGAAGCGUCGUUGGACAAUGACGAAGUCCGUGAGAUUCUGAAAAAUACCACAGAUCUGCGCCAAUACUCGCGUCAAAUCGAAAAAGAGUUCAAGGAUGUGGAGAACAAGUCUAUUGAAGAUUACAUAGCCGAGUCCCAGAACAUUGCCAAUCUACACAAUCAGAUCAAUGACUGCGAUGAUGUCUUGGAGCGGAUGGAGAACAUGUUAAUGAGUUUUCAGAGUGUGCUCAACAACAUUAGCACUGAGAUAACACAACUGCAACGCAAAUCGGUGUCCAUGUCAUUGCAAUUGACGAAUCGACAGUCCGUUAAAGCACAACUCUCGCAAUUCAUUGAGGACAUGGCUGUCUCUGAGGAGAUGAUCAACAUCAUUAUGGAUACAGCGGUAACAGAGCGUGAAUUUAGCACUCAACUGAAUGUGCUAAAUCACAAGCUGUCGCUGGUAAAGGAGCUCAGCUUUAAGGAGUCCAAAUCAACUAAUGACGUCAGCGAUGUGCUGCAUAAAUUGCGUUUGAAAGCCAUGUCCAAGAUACGCAGCUACCUCUUGGAACAGAUCUACAAGUUUCGCAAGCCAAUGACAAACUAUCAGAUACCACAGAAUGCCAUGUUAAAGCACAAGUUCUUUUUCGAAUUCAUACUGUCCAAUGAGCGGCAUGUUGCUCAGGAAAUCUGCAGCGAAUACAUCGAUACAAUGGGCAAGAUCUACUACAGUUAUUUUAAGAGCUACUCAACACGCCUGACUAGUCUCAAGUUUGAAGAAUCUUGCACCAAGGAUGAUUUGAUGGGCAUCGAGGACAAUGCCUCGAAAGGUCUGUUUGCCAAGACGACAAGUCUCAAGCACAAGAGCACUAUCUUUACCAUUGGCAAACGUGGUGAUAUUCUCAACCAGCAGCUGGAGGCGCCCAUAAUAGUGCCCCAUGCGCAGCUCAAGAAUCGCUAUACAGUUGAGGCCCUAUUUCGGUCGGAGCAAUAUGCGCUUGUGGACAACGCUUGUCGAGAGUAUCUCUUUGUCACCGAAUUCUUUAUGGUGCGCAGCACCCAAGCACAGGAUUUGUUCAAUCAAAUCAUGGGCAAAACAUUGACUCUGAUGAUUAAAAAUCUGGAGACUUCCAUUCACGAUUGUUACGAUACCAUAGCCAUGUUUCUGUGCAUCCAUUUGAUCUUUCGCUAUCAGCUCAUGUGCCACAAGCGUUGUGUGCCCGCAUUGGAUAAAUAUUGGGACUCUUUGCAAGCGGUUAUUUGGCCACGUUUGGAGCACGUCUUUCGUCUUAAUAUACAAAGCAUACACGACUGCGAUCCCACCAAGUUCAACAAGGAAAUGGGUCCGCAUUAUAUAACACGUCGUUAUGCCGAGUUUAGCGCUGCCAUUGUGGGCAUCUCAGAGCACUUUCCCAACGAGCUUGUCAGCCGGCUGCUACUGGAGCUACAAAACGAAGUGGAGUGCUUUAUACUGCGUAUGGCAGCCAUAUUUGCGACACGCAAAGAUCAGCUCAUCUAUCUCAUUAAUAACUAUGAUCUCGUGCUGGGCGUGCUCAUGGAGCAUACGCGUGACAACUCCAAAGAGGCCGAGGCUUUCCGUGAGCAGUUGAACGCACGCAGCGCCGAAUAUGUCGAGGAGAUACUCGCUCCACACUUUGGUGGCAUCAUACAGUUUGUCAAGGAAUGUGAACAGUAUUUUGAGAAGGAUCAACCGGAGGAGUUGCGUAAACAGGAGCGUCGCAGUCUUGGGCUGGUGGCCAGCUUCUCGGCGAAUUGGAAGAAAUCGUUGGAGGAGCUUAAUCGUGAAGUGCUCUUAUCCUUUCCAUCGCUGUUGACGGGUUCGCAGCUGUUGCAAUUGGCGUUGGCCAGUUUGGUGCAAUAUUAUCAUCGUUUCCACAAGUUGCUAACGCCUAAUGCGCGAGCACAGUUGACGAAUAUCCAUGUGGUUAUGGUCGAAAUUAAAAAGUACAAGAGUAACUAUUAA